AUGGAUUUGUGUGUGAAGAACCUUUUCCUCGCAAAUAGAGCCAUUUCUGAUACAAGUGUUUCCACCAACAACAAGAAUUACUGCAACUCUUCUUCAACUUCUGGAAAUAAUGAUGGUGAUUCUAAUCCUCUUGGAACAAAGUGGGCUCGUCCUAUUCCUGGACCUGAGACUGGCUGUGUACUUGUGGCUAUCGAAAAGCUUGAUGGGGACAAGUUGAAGCUUCUAGGAUUUCAAGAGGUAGUCCCUAGACUAUAUUUUGGAGCUCGAAACACUUUGGAUGAUGCAUCAACGCUUGUCAAGAAAGGGAUUAUCAAGCCUUAUGAUUUCACUUUCUUUACUGGUUAUGCAGGAUGGAAAAUAGAUCAGUUGAGAGGUGAGAUUGAUUCAGAAUGUUGGUAUGCUGAAUUGAGCCAGAAUCCAAAGCAAGACCCAUAG